AUGUCGCAAAGAAAAUUCGCCGGCUUGAGAGAUAAUUUCAAUCUCUUAGGUGAGAAGAACAAAAUAUUGGUGGCUAAUAGAGGAGAGAUUCCAAUCAGAAUCUUUCGUACCGCCCAUGAACUAUCUAUGCAAACGGUGGCUAUAUACUCUCAUGAAGAUCGUCUUUCCACGCACAAACAAAAGGCUGACGAAGCAUACGUCAUUGGUGAAGUAGGUCAAUAUACGCCCGUCGGCGCUUAUUUGGCCAUUGACGAAAUCAUUUCCAUUGCUCAAAGACACCAGGUAGAUUUCAUCCAUCCAGGUUACGGGUUCUUGUCCGAAAACUCAGAGUUUGCUGAUAAGGUGGCGAAGGCGGGUAUAACCUGGAUUGGCCCCCCCGCUGAAGUUAUUGACUCUGUGGGUGAUAAGGUCUCAGCCAGAAACUUGGCAGCAAAGGCCAAUGUACCCACUGUUCCUGGUACUCCAGGUCCUAUAGAAACGGUGCAGGAAGCACUUGACUUCGUCAAUGAAUACGGCUACCCGGUGAUCAUCAAGGCCGCCUUUGGUGGUGGUGGUAGAGGUAUGAGAGUGGUUAGAGAAGGUGACGACGUUGCUGAUGCUUUUCAACGUGCUACGUCAGAAGCCCGCACUGCCUUUGGUAACGGUACAUGUUUUGUAGAGAGAUUCUUGGACAAGCCAAAGCAUAUUGAAGUUCAAUUGUUGGCCGAUAAUCACGGAAACGUGGUUCAUCUUUUCGAAAGAGAUUGUUCGGUUCAAAGAAGACACCAAAAGGUUGUUGAAGUAGCCCCAGCAAAGACUUUGCCUCGCGAAGUCCGUGACGCCAUCUUGACAGAUGCUGUCAAAUUGGCGAAAGAAUGUGGCUACAGGAAUGCGGGUACCGCUGAAUUCUUGGUCGAUAACCAAAACAGACACUACUUCAUCGAGAUUAACCCAAGAAUCCAAGUGGAGCAUACGAUCACAGAAGAAAUUACGGGCAUAGAUAUCGUGGCGGCUCAAAUUCAAAUUGCCGCGGGCGCCUCUUUACCCCAGUUGGGCCUAUUUCAGGACAAAAUUACGACUCGUGGCUUUGCCAUUCAGUGUCGUAUUACCACAGAAGACCCCGCCAAGAAUUUUCAACCAGAUACCGGUAGAAUAGAAGUCUAUCGUUCUGCUGGUGGUAACGGCGUCAGACUGGAUGGUGGUAACGCUUAUGCAGGGACAAUCAUCUCACCUCAUUACGAUUCAAUGCUAGUCAAAUGCUCGUGCUCCGGUUCGACUUACGAAAUUGUUCGUAGGAAAAUGAUUCGUGCAUUGAUCGAAUUCAGGAUCAGAGGUGUCAAGACCAACAUUCCUUUCCUAUUGACUCUUUUGACACAUCCCGUUUUCAUUGAUGGCACCUAUUGGACAACGUUCAUUGAUGACACUCCUCAACUGUUCCAAAUGGUGUCAUCACAAAACAGAGCACAAAAACUAUUGCACUAUCUCGCUGACGUUGCAGUUAAUGGUUCAUCUAUUAAGGGUCAAAUUGGUUUGCCAAAGUUGAAAUCAAACCCAAGUGUUCCUCAUUUGCACGACACUCAGGGCAAUGUCAUCAACGUUACAAAGACUGCACCACCAUCCGGAUGGAGACAAGUGCUCUUAGAAAGGGGACCAGCUGAAUUUGCCAAGCAAGUCAGACAGUUCAACGGUACUCUGUUAAUGGAUACCACCUGGAGAGACGCUCAUCAAUCUCUGCUCGCAACAAGAGUCAGAACUCAUGAUUUAGCCAUAAUCGCUCCAACAACCGCACAUGCCCUUGCGGGUGCCUUCGCUUUAGAAUGUUGGGGUGGUGCUACAUUCGAUGUCGCAAUGAGGUUCUUGCAUGAAGACCCAUGGGAACGUCUAAGGAAAUUAAGAGCCUUGGUGCCCAAUAUUCCAUUCCAAAUGCUAUUACGUGGUGCCAAUGGUGUGGCUUACUCUUCAUUGCCUGACAAUGCUAUUGAUCAUUUUGUCAAACAAGCCAAAGAUAACGGUGUUGAUAUAUUUAGAGUGUUUGAUGCUUUAAAUGAUUUGGAGCAACUAAAAGUCGGUGUAGAUGCUGUGAAGAAGGCAGGUGGUGUUGUGGAAGCCACUGUUUGUUUCUCUGGAGAUAUGCUUCAACCAGGCAAGAAAUACAAUUUGGAUUACUAUUUGGAAAUUGCCGAAAAAAUCGUCCAAAUGGGCACACAUAUUCUUGGUAUCAAAGACAUGGCAGGCACUAUGAAGCCGGCAGCUGCCAAACUACUGAUUGGAUCAUUGAGGGCUAAGUACCCUGAUCUCCCAAUACAUGUCCACACCCAUGAUUCUGCAGGUACUGCUGUUGCGUCCAUGACCGCAUGUGCCCUAGCAGGUGCUGAUGUUGUUGAUGUUGCCAUCAACUCAAUGUCUGGUUUAACUUCACAACCAUCAGUCAAUGCUUUGUUGGCUUCAUUAGAAGGUAAUAUUGACACCGGUAUUAACGUUGAGCAUGUUCGUGAAUUAGAUGCAUAUUGGGCAGAAAUGAGAUUGCUAUACUCUUGUUUCGAAGCCGACUUGAAGGGCCCAGAUCCAGAAGUUUACCAACAUGAAAUCCCAGGUGGCCAAUUGACAAACUUGUUGUUCCAAGCUCAACAAUUGGGUCUUGGAGAACAAUGGGCCGAAACCAAGAGAGCUUACAGAGAAGCCAAUUAUUUAUUGGGUGAUAUUGUUAAAGUUACCCCAACUUCGAAGGUCGUUGGUGAUCUGGCACAAUUUAUGGUUUCAAACAAAUUAACCUCCGAUGAUGUAAGACGCCUGGCAAAUUCUCUAGAUUUCCCUGACUCUGUCAUGGAUUUCUUUGAAGGUUUAAUUGGCCAACCAUAUGGUGGGUUCCCAGAACCAUUUAGAUCAGACGUUCUAAGGAACAAGAGAAGAAAGUUGACUUGUCGCCCGGGCUUGGAAUUAGAGCCAUUUGAUCUUGAAAAAAUUAGAGAAGACUUGCAAAACAGAUUUGGUGAUGUGAAUGAGUGCGAUGUCGCUUCUUAUAACAUGUACCCAAGAGUUUAUGAAGACUUCCAAAAGAUGAGAGAAACAUACGGUGAUCUGUCUGUAUUGCCAACAAGAAGUUUCUUGUCUCCACUGGAAACUGAUGAAGAAAUUGAGGUUGUAAUCGAACAAGGUAAAACUUUAAUUAUCAAGUUGCAAGCUGUUGGUGAUUUGAACAAAAAGACAGGUGAAAGGGAAGUUUACUUUGAUUUGAAUGGUGAAAUGAGAAAAAUUCGUGUCGCCGAUAGAUCACAGAAAGUGGAAACUGUCACCAAAUCGAAGGCAGACAUGCAUGAUCCAUUACACAUUGGUGCACCAAUGGCAGGUGUCAUUGUUGAAGUUAAAGUUCAUAAAGGAUCACUAAUAAAGAAAGGUCAACCGGUAGCUGUGUUGAGCGCCAUGAAAAUGGAAAUGAUCAUCUCUUCUCCAUCUGAUGGACAAGUUAAAGAAGUAUUUGUCUCUGAUGGUGAAAAUGUGGAUUCUUCUGAUUUAUUGGUUCUAUUGGAAGAUCAAGUUCCUGUUGAAACUAAGGCAUAA